CAAAAAUAUUCUUUCAGUAGAAGAGAAAAUGUACAUUUUCGAUAAACUUGUAAACCAAAACCUUAAAUUGAAUUAUUUAGACGAAAUUUUUCAGUACAGCACAGCUAGUAUCGGCAUCAGCAAAGGACAAGCAGUUAUACUCAUCAAGACACCAAUUCUAGACGAGAAGACGUACGACCUUUUGGAACUUCAUACCUUGAAAAUCAACGAAACACGAAUCGACACUCAUAUCAACCUGGUUACUAAGCAUGGCGAUCUAAUUUACUCCCAAACAUCAAAAUGCGACAUAUGCGAGGGUAACAACUUGGUGGAAGACGAAUGUAUCUACAAAAUUUUAACCCAUCAAACACCAACAUGCCCGCUUGUAAAGACGAAACAAGCAUUCCAAGUCAAUGAAAUUGUAAAAGGCGUUAUCCUGAUCGAUACCUCCGAAAACACUGAAGUAAGAGACUCUUGUGGAAACUCGAAGAUGGUACGGGAUGCCACCAUUGUAGAAACCGAAAACUGUACCAUUAGAAUUCGCAACCUUACAUUCUCUGGAAGGCUUGACGUAGUUCAACAAGACGAGUAUCUGGUUCCAAUCUACAGCAAACCUCUACAAAACACAUCUUACUCAAAAGAUGACGAAGAAAACUUUAUGCUUCGGAUCCUGAACCUAGAAGAACUCAGCGAGAUUCAAAUAUCUCUAAACCAUACACAAAAACGGAAAAAUACAUGCGAGGGUGAGCAAGGAAAAUCACACCAAGCUACCAGAACUUCUUACCCCCAAACAUAUAGGAGAAAUAGACGGGACGGCUAAGACAAAUGAAGAUACGCCUAAGCACGGAAGCAAUGGAGUCCACACCAUGACGCCAUUAUCCGAGGUCCUUAAACAUCAAACGAGGACGCUUGAUACUUAUGGGGGGAGACGUUAUGAAAAGACGAGCCCAGCCGACCAUGCCAACACGCCGCAUCGAUCGACCACAGCAACCGAUGCGCCAGGGAAUUGAUGAGCCAGGAGAAACCAGCGUAGCAACAGCCAGGGUAACUACAUCGAGACGACCAACGCCAACUUGCCCCAUCGAUCGGACGCAACGAUCGAUGCACCGUAGAAAUGAUGAGCCAGGAAGAAUCCAGCGUAGCAACAACCCAGGAAGGCAACGUAGACACGACCAACGAGUACCAACGUGGAGGACCCAUCGAACGAUAUUGGUUGUGCUGACUAGGUAGAUUUAGUUAAUAAAAGGUUUAGCGAUAGGAAUAUCGAGUUAGUCUUAAGCGUGCGUUCUAUUGUAAUCGGUCUUAAAC